AUAAAAUGGUUAGAUUUAGCCUUGCCUGCUAUUCUGUUUCAGAACAAAACCAGGGUAAGUGAAGCUGAGCUUUUUCCUCUUGUUCAGCAUCAUUCAUCUGCACAGUCAACAUGCAGCAAGGAAGCAUGAGCUUUAUUUUCUUGUUGGUGCUACUUUGUCAAUGUGGUGUCAAAGCCGUGAUCCUUACCACCUGUGAAGGAGACACUGCUCAACUCAGCUGUGAUUUUACAUCACAUGUUAUCGCCUGUGAGUCAGACACUGCCCGUCUCCAAUGUGACCAGGGACGCAUUCAAGUCCUUUCAGCCAAUUAUGGACGUAGAAACAGUGCAACCUGCUCCAGUGGAAAACCAGCCAACCAGAUCUCAAAUGUUCAAUGCAACCAGGGUUCAUCCCUAAGUGUGCUGGCCAAUCGAUGUGAUGGACGAAAAUAUUGUUCCAUUUCAGCGAGUAACAUAAUUUUUGGUGAUCCAUGUGUAGGAACUUACAAAUAUCUGGACGUGUCCUACAUCUGUAUACCAUCAGGUGCAGUACUAUAUAAACGGACUUCUUGUGAGGGAGGCACAUUCAGAAUCAACUGUAACAAACGGUUUAUUAAAGUGCUUUCUGCCAAUUAUGGGCGAACAAACAGAGCAACCUGCUCUACUGGAAAACCAGCUAACCAAAUCUCAAAUGUUCAGUGCACUCAGAAUUCAUCCCUAAGUGUGCUAGCCGCUCAAUGUGAUGGAAAACAGGCUUGUUCCAUUUCUACGAGUAACACAGUUUUUGGCAAUCCCUGUGUAGGAACCUACAAAUACUUGAAUGCGUUCUACAUUUGUUACCCAAAUAAUCACUUCAUAAAAGUGUCUGCAGCCAAUUAUGGGCGAACAAACCAUGCAACCUGCUCUUCUGGACGACCAGCUGGUCAGAUCUCAAAUGUUCAGUGCUCUCAGAAUUCAUCCCUAAGUGUGCUGGCCACUCAAUGUAAUGGAAAACAGGUUUGUUCCAUUCCUGCAACCAACACAGUUUUUGGGGAUCCCUGUGUAGGAACCUACAAAUACCUGAAUGUGUCCUACACCUGUGGCCCGAACCCAGUCUCUUUGGCCUAGAAGUGAAAACAUGGACAACUCAGAAAUCAUCUCUAUUUCUGUGACCUUCUGUAGAGUGAGGUGGAAAUCUUCAUGAGAUUUAAUAAAUGGUAAUUUUAACGAGCAUGUUUCAAACAUUGUGUAAUAUCUGAAAUCAGAGGAUGUUUGUCAUAAUUGCCUUUAAUCACAAUUUUUUUCUUGAUUUAUAAUGAAUUUUGGAGUAAGGUAAUUUUUUUCCUAAUGUAACCAACUGUGUCUGUUCAAUAAAUUGCU